AUGGGGAUGCUGUUAAGUGGAAGAGGAUUAAUCACAUCUCUAAUUUUCUUCCUGUUAAAAUUCUCAACAGCUGUUGAUAUACCACUUUCAGUUCAACAGGUUCCAACAAUCAUAAAACAGUCAAAAGUACAAGUUGCCUUUCCUUUUGAUGAGUAUUUUCAAAUUGAAUGUGAAGCUAAGGGAAAUCCAGAACCAACAUUUUCGUGGAGUAAGGACGACAAGCCUUUUGAUCUCUCUGACCCUCGGAUAAUUGUAUCCAACAACUCGGGAACAUUCAGGAUCCCGAACGAGGGGCACAUAUCUCACUUUCAAGGGAAAUACCGCUGCUUUGCUUCUAAUAAACUGGGAAUUGCUAUGUCAGAAGAAAUGGAAUUUAUAGUUCCAAAUGUUCCAAAAUUCCCAAAAGAAAAAAUUGACCCUCUUGAAGUGGAGGAGGGCGAUCCAAUUGUCCUCCCGUGCAACCCUCCCAAAGGCCUCCCACCUUUACACAUUUAUUGGAUGAAUAUUGAAUUAGAACACAUCAAACAAGAUGAAAGAGUAUACAUGAGCCAAAAGGGAGAUCUGUACUUCGCAAAUGUGGAAGAAAAAGACAGUCGGAAUGAUUACUGUUGCUUUGCUGCAUUUCCAAGAUUAAGGACUAUUGUGCAGAAAAUGCCUAUGAAACUAACAGUUAACAGUUUAAAGCAUGCUAAUGACUCGAGUUCAUCCACAGAAAUUGGUUCCAAGGCGAAUUCAAUCAAGCAAAGGAAACCCAGACUACUGUUGCCUUCUCCCGAGAGUGGCAGUGAGUCUUCGGUUACCAUCCUCAAAGGGGACACCCUGCUGCUCGAGUGUUUUGCUGAAGGCCUACCAACUCCACAGGUUGAUUGGAACAAAAUGGGAGGUGAUUUACCAAAGGGAAGAGAAACAAAAGAAAAUUAUGGCAAAACUUUGAAGAUAGAGUAUGUCUCCUACCGGGACAAAGGAAACUAUCGCUGCACAGCCAGCAAUUUCUUGGGAUCAGCCAUUCAUGAUUUUCAUGUUAUAGUAGAAGAAAAUGCUGAUGAGCUCUUCAGUUUAUUUCCAGAGCCCCCUCGCUGGACAAAGAAACCUCAGAGUGGCGUGUAUAGCACUGGGAGCAGUGGUAUCCUGUUGUGUGAGUCUGAAGGAGAACCUGAGCCCACAAUCAAGUGGAGAGUCAAUGGUUUCCCAAUUGAGAGAAAUCCAUUUUCUGGUGAUGUCAUCUCCCCCAGGGAAAUCAGUUUUACCAAUGUGCAACCGAAUCACACCGCUGUGUACCAGUGUGAAGCCUCGAAUGUCCAUGGCACUAUCCUUGCCAAUGCCAACAUCGAUGUUGUAGAUGUCCGUCCAUUGAUACAAACUGCAGAUGAAGAAAAUUAUGCUACGGUGGUUGGGUACAGUGCUUUCUUACAUUGUGAGUUCUUUGCUUCACCCGAGGCAAUUGUGUCCUGGCAGAAGGUGGAAGAAGCAAAACCCCUUGAAGGCAGACGGUAUCACUUCCAUGAGAAUGGCACAUUACAGAUCAACGAGACCACAGAAGAAGAUGCUGGUUCCUACUCUUGUUGGGUAGAAAAUGCUAAAGGAAAAACAGCAGUCACAGCCAAUUUGGAUAUUAGAAAUGCUACAAAACUUAGAGUUUCUCCUAAGAAUCCUCGUGUCCCCAGAUCACACACACUUGAAUUACAUUGUGAGAGCAAAUGUGACUCACAUUUGAAAUACAGUUUAAAAUUAUCCUGGAGUAAAGAUGGAGAAGCCUUUGAAAUUAAUGGCACAGAGGAUGGCAGGAUAAUUAUUGAUGGAGCUAAUUUGACUGUAUCUAAUGUCACCGUAGAAGACCAAGGUGUAUACUCGUGUUCAGCUCACACUUCUCUGGAUAGCACUGCUGCUAUGACUCAAGUAACUGUCCUUGAUGUUCCGGAUCCACCGGAAAACCUUCACUUGUCUGAAAGACAGAACAGAAGUGUUCGGCUGACAUGGGAGGCUGGAGAUGAUCACAACAGCAAUAUUAGCGAGUAUAUUAUAGAAUUUGAAGGAAACAGAGAGGAACCUGGAAGGUGGGAAGAAUUGACUAGAGUCCAAGGAGAGGAAACAACAGUCAUGUUAUCUUUGGCUCCGUAUGUGAGAUACCAGUUCAGGGUCAUAGCCGUGAAUGAAGUAGGGAGAAGCCACCCUAGCCAGCCAUCAGACCAUCAUGAAACACCCCCAGCAGCUCCAGACAAGAAUCCACAAAACAUAAGGGUUCAAGCUUCUCAACCCAAGGAAAUGAUUAUCAAAUGGGAGCCUUUGAAACCCAUGGAGCAGAAUGGACCUGGACUGGAGUACAGAGUGACCUGGAAACCACAGGGCGCCCCGGUGGAGUGGGAGGAAGAAACAGUCACAAACCACACCCUGCGGGUGAUGACAUCUGCUGUCUAUGCUCCGUAUGAUGUCCAAGUCCAAGCCGUCAAUCACCUGGGCUCUGGCCCUGAGCCUCAGUCAGUGAUUCUCUAUUCUGGAGAAGACUAUCCUGAUACAGCUCCAGUGAUCCAUGGGGUGGAUGUGAUAAACAGCACAUUAGUUAAAGUUACCUGGUCAACAAUUCCAAAGGAAAGAGUACAUGGACAUCUGAAAGGAUAUCAGGUAAAUUGGUGGAAAACAAAAAGUCUGUUGGAUGGAAGAACAUAUCCCAAAGAAGUAAACAUUCUGAGAUUUUCAGGACAAAGAAACUAUGGAAUGGUUCCCUCCCUAGAUGCCUUUAGUGAAUUUCACUUAACAGUCUUAGCCUAUAAUUCCAAAGGAGCUGGUCCAGAGAGUGAGCCUUACAUAUUUCAAACACCAGAAGGAGUACCUGAAAAGCCAACUUUUCUCAAGGUCACCAAAGUUGAUAAAGACACUGCCACUUUAUCCUGGGGACUACCUAAGAAAUUAAAUGGAAACUUAACUGGCUAUCUAUUACAGUACCAGAUAAUAAAUGACACCUAUGAGAUUGGAGAACUAAAUGAUAUCAACAUUACAACUCCAUCAAAGCCCAGCUGGCGUCUCUCAAACCUCAAUGCAACUACCAAGUACAAAUUCUACUUGAGGGCUUGCACUUCAAAGGGCUGUGGGAAGCCCAUCACUGAGGAAAGCUCCACGUUAGGGGAAGGGAGUAAAAGUGUCGGGAAGAUAUCAGAAGGAGUAAAUCUUACUCAAAAGAUUCACCCAGUAGAGGCAUUUGAGCCGGGAGCUGAACAUAUAGUUCGCCUAUUGACUAAGAAUUGGGUUGAUAACAAUAGCAUUUUUGAAGAUGUAAUUGAGACAAGAGGGAGAGAAUAUGCUGGUUUAUAUGAUGACAUCUCCACGCAAGGCUGGUUUAUUGGACUGAUGUGUGCGAUUGCUCUUCUCACGCUAAUAUUGUUGACUGUUUGCUUUGUGAAGAGGAACAAAGGUGGAAAGUACUCAGUAAAAGAAAAGGAAGAUCUGCAUCCAGACCCAGAAGUUCAGUCAGUGAAAGACGAAACCUUUGGUGAAUACAGUGACAGCGAUGAAAAACCUCUCAAAGGAAGCCUUCGGUCCCUUAACAGGGAUAUGCAGGCCACAGAAAGUGCCGACAGCUUAGUCGAGUAUGGAGAAGGUGACCACGGUCUAUUCAGUGAGGAUGGGUCAUUUAUUGGCGCCUAUGCUGGAUCUAAGGAGAAAGGAUCGGCGGAAAGCAAUGGAAGUUCUACAGCAACAUUUCCACUCCGAGUGUAA